AUUGAUUGGUUAACUUGAGCUGUGAGAAUUGCACUUAAUUUGGUAUUUCCUGGCUUGAUUUUACGUAAACAUCAUAGCAACUCCAAUUAUGCAACCAUUAUCAAAUUUUUUGUCAUGGAUCUUAUGGAUCUUAUUUUGUCUAGUGACAAGACUGGCAUUUGCAACCCAUCCUGGUAGCCAUACAUGGCAGCCACGCGCCCCUGCAGCCAACUGGGAGUCCCUGGUCUUUUGGCUAGCCAAUGGAGUAGGCAAAUACGGAGAUACAUGCAGAAAGCGCAGUGAUUACUACUGUCUAGAAGGAUACAUCGCUCCGCUCAUAAAUUCUAACCAUUUCAUGGAUAAUCAUCCAGGUGGCGACGCCAGAACGUGUGUCAGGUGGUUCGAAACACUCGCCUGGGAAAACUGGCGCCCUAUUAACUUUAUUGACUCCAAAAAUCCCGAAAUUUGUUGCACUGGUCAAGUAGCACAAUACAUGAGGAAUGGGUUCCUCAACAGAAGAAUGUCACCUGAUGAAUACAUGUUCAAACUCACCGACUACACGAAUGAAUCGAAACCACUCAACUUAUUGUCGGCAAUUCACCUUCCAUGGUUGUGUGCGAACGUAAUUAUGAUAGUUGGAUUUGGUCCAGGGCCACUGCGGAGAGACCACCACCCGAAUAUAGUACAUGGUGCUCCCUACAUCAUAGCAGGGAAGGAUUACCCAGGCACAGGCAUUCCUGACAUUGACACUAAAGUUAUCAAUUUUGAAGACCCGCGAGAAGAUUUGACAUUCCACUGGUUCAAACAUAAUGUUAUGUGCAGAGAUAAUCCCUGGAUAUGCGUUGAGUAACAACUCGAGAUUGAAACGGCAUAUUCUGUUUUGUUCUCAUACAGAACAAAUCAAUAAAACUCGGGUUUUGAUAAUACUGCGCAGUAAGCGAAAG